GGAGCCUUGUUCUGGACUGAAGCCUUUUCCACACGUCCCUCUCCUGCUCUUGCGUUUUCCAGAGGCAAGUAUGCAAGAGCAUUUUACAUUAAGGGUUCUUGCAAGUUGACCAAUCUGAGCACACUAUAAUCUACAUUAAGUAACAAGUACCAUCUCUCCUGAGUGACCUUUUCAAAAAGGGAAAAGGAUAGAUGUCGUGGAUGUGCGAGCUAGAUAGGUCGACCACUCGCAAUCCCUAACUCCAAGUUGGUACUUCGUGCGCUAUACCACCGAAGUGCUCCAAUUAGUGCGCAGUAGCACAAAAAUCUACGAGGAAGCUGCAGAAUCGUGAUUGACAUUUGAGGAUCUUGGACACGUUUGUUGCAUUGGAUUGUAUGGCUAUUUAUCUUUUUGAGCACAACGCAUCACCUUGGACACGUUUGUUGCAUUGGAUUGUAUGGAUUUAGAAUCAGAUGGACCACCAAAAAAAGAAGAGAAAAAGAAGAAGCAAUAAAUAUCUCUUCAACAUCGACCAACGUCUUCCCAGGCACAUCAAUCAAUCAAUCAAUACUGCUUCGGCAUAAUCACAACAUGGAG